AUGCAUUCUCAUGAAGACUUUGUGAAGUCUUCUGUUCUGUCACGUCAACUCGGUGUAAGAAGUCGAGCUAUGAUGGCUAUGGUGGUUGGUGAUAGGUGCAACACAGAUUUGGGGAUUUGCCAUGGCAAAGCAAAUUGUAAGUCAAAAUGCUCUGUAAUUUAUCAAGGUGGACAGGGACUUUGCGAGCAAAAUGGAGAUUGCCAUGACAUUCAAUGCAAUUCUGAUUGUGCAUUCCUGUUCCCUGGCAAAGGAACUACUGGAUAUUGUUUUAGCAAACCAGAGACCAACUAUGCUAAUUGUUAUCAAAAUGAAUUGGAGGCAAGUCAUCUUAAAACUGAAGACAAGCAAAUUUUCAGUGACUUAUUUGAAAUUGUUAGAAUAUUUCAUGUGAAGGAGGAUAUUAGACUUGGCUGA